AUGCCAGCUUCAAUGAGCCUCGAGAGAAGAAUUUUGCUUCUCGCUUUUGGAGCUGAGCUGCAUAUCACAGAUACUGCCAAGGGGUUUAAUGGUAGUCACAAAAAAGCCGAGGAGUUAGAGAUGGAGAUACCUGAUGCUUUUAUGAUUCGUCAAUUUGAAAAUCCUGCAAACCCAAAGAUUCACUAUGAAACUACUGGCCCUGAGAUAUGGAGAGACUCUGGAGGGAAAGUUGACGCCCUAGUAGCAGGUAUUGGAACUGGUGGUACAAUAACAGGUGCAGGGAAGUUCCUCAAGGAGAGAAACCCGGAAAUCAAGGUCUAUGGAGUGGAACCAGUUGAAAGUGCGGUAUUGAGUGGAGGACAACCCGGUAAAAUUCUCUACUAG